AAGACUGGUUUCCCUACCUUCUCUUUUCCUUUCCUAACAUGGAAUCCUUCUGCCUUCCUUAUUUGUCCAGAUUUGGCUAGAAUUCAUGAUGCUGCCUUCACAACAGCCCUGUAAGGGAGGAGGAUAGGACCAUUCCAUCAGACCCAGCAGGAGAGUUCAGCUGAUCAUAGCGCGCUGGCGCCAUGGCUUCCGGAGGGGAAGACCUGGAUGACUGGGCAGGCACCAGUCUAGUCGACCUGACCUCAUCUGAACUGGCAGCCACCCAGUCUUCCAUGAUUGACAACGGCGAAGAUUUUGAAGUCCUGGAUAGUGCAGAAGAUGGGGAUUUAAGUGAUCUCCCCCCACUGGAGGAUGUUCCAACCAGCUCUGCCAAAAAAGACAACCAAGAAACGAAAGAAGAACAUCUGGCUAAGGAAGAGUCAGAGGCGAGCCAGGAAUGGCUUGAUGUCUUAGGGAAUGGCUUACUGAAGAAGAAAGUCAUCUUAUCAGGCCAAGGUCAGGAGAGCCGGCCAGUUAAGGGCCAGGAUGUGACUGUCCAUUUUAAAGCAACACUGGAGGAUGGGACAGUAGUGGAGGAAGACCCCAAGCUCACCUUCACGCUGGGGGAUUGUGAUAUCAUCCAGGCUCUGGAUCUCUGUGUGCAACUGAUGGACAUGGGGGAGACAGCACUCAUCACUUCAGAUGGGAAAUACUGCUUCGGCCCACAGGGGAGGAGUCCCGACAUUCCUCCCAAUGCUUUCUUAACUCUUGAGGUGGAGUUGCUGGCAGCCCAGGAUGCUCCUGAUCUGGAACUCCUUGGCGGGAAAGAGAAAGUCUCAUUGGCUAACCGGAAAAGAGAACGUGGCAAUUUCCACUACCAGCGAGCAGAUUACAUUCUGGCUGCCAACUCCUAUGACAUUGCUCUCAAGGUCAUCAAUUCUAAUACUAAAGUGGAUUUCAGUGCAGAAGAAGAGGCGGAGCUGGUGGAAGUGAAGAUAAAAUGCCUGAAUAAUUUAGCAGCUUCCCAUCUUAAGCUGGACCAUUUUGAGGCCGCCUUGCGAUCCUGCAAUCAAGUGUUGGAGCAACAGCCAGAUAACAUCAAGGCUCUGUUCCGAAAGGGAAAGGUUCUGGCUCAGCAGGGAGAAUACAGUGGGGCCAUCCCAAUCUUAAAGGCCGCUCUGAAGCUGGAACCAUCAAAUAAGACCAUUCACACCGAGCUCUCGAAGCUGGCAAAGAAGCACGCUGACCAAAGGAACGUUGAGGCAGAGAUGUACCGCAAGAUGCUGGGGACCCCGGGGUCUAGCACCCCGCCAGCAAAGUGCAAAGAUAAAUCCUCCUGGACAAUUCCUUGGAAGUGGCUGUUUGGGGCCACUGCUGUAGCGCUGGGGGGCGUGGCCCUGUCGGUCAUCAUAGCAGCCAGAAACUAAGGCCAGCCUGCGGUUGAUGACUUUUGAAGAUUCAGGCUUGGAGAUUUGGCCCGUUCUUCCUCCCAACUCCUGCCCCUCUUCCACCACCUGGCCCCCUCAAGGACUGGCAUACGACUUUGCACUGGUGUCCCCCUCUGGACUGUAGGUUGACUGAGUGGGGUGGGCACAGCAGGCUUGGCUCUCCUGCCCAGAAAGGCUUCCCAGCCCCCAGAGUUGAUGAGAACAUCAAUGAACCCUUUGCAGGAGAUGCCCGGGGUGGCAAGGGAGAUCUUUGCACCAUCUGGAGCUGCAGAGGUGAGAAGAAACCCAGAGGGCCUGGGUGUAUUUUGCGGGAGAGGGCAGGAAAACGGGACUUGGCUGGAUGCUACCAUUCACUUCUCUCUCUUUCUCUUUCUCUCUCUCUUUCUCGCUCGUGUGGGUUUUCUUCUCCUUGAGCUGUAGGUGGCCCCGCAAAGGAUCCGUCAGAAUGAAGGAAGGAUAUUGCUGGGGUCUGCCUGGCAGGGGGAAAAGAAACCAGCGACUGCAGAAAGUUGCAUUGGCUUUAGAACAGGAGGAGGAGCUUAGAAACUGUUUUUAGGCCUGGCCUUAGGCCGAGUGUAAGAGGUCAGGACUGUGAACACUCUCCUUUAAUGCUCAGGAUUGAUUUGGGUGGCGCUAGAUGGAUUUUGGUUUAUUCAACAGCCUUCCGCGAAAGCUUCCUUGGAGGACCUCAGGAGUCCAUUCUGGUUUGUUCAGCUCUUUCCAGGUUUUGAAAACAUGCCUGCAGGGAACGGGUCUGGGUAAAAAUCACCCGGAUUGUUUUCUUUUAGUUGUCUUGGGGAAGCCAAAUCGGGAGCCAAGGAACCUCUCCCAUCUUUGCUCGAAAUCUGCUUUCAAACUUUACUGGUGGCUUUUCCCCUGACUGUCUCCUUUUUAAGCCGCCAAACUCGAACCCAGUACUGCUUCUCUUUAGUACAGAUUUUCACACUCGCUCUACAUUUUGAACUGUGAAUACCUGCGACAUCCUCAUUGUUCUAAUAAAGCAACAUCUCUCAGCAGCUUU